AACCAGAAGGACAACAGUCCAGUCGCUCGCGGUCCCCGGGACUCCGUCCCGAAAACCUCUCCUCGCCCUCGCUGCCUCCUCGCGCCGGCCAGGGGCAACGCAGACUCCUCCCCUUCCCUCUUUUUCCCACCCUCCCCCGUAACCGCCGCCGACGCCGCAGCAGCAGCGCCACCUUCCCUCCUUCCUUUUCCCGGUUCCUGCUGCCCCCGAGCCUGAGAGGCACCUGCACCUCCCCGCCACGGCGAGAGAAGGGCAAGGCCGGAGUCGGCCGCAGUAGCUCCUCCAAGCGCGCGUACAGUGGAAAGGAUUAUGUGUGCAUAAUACAUGAGGGUGGAAGGCUCUCACAACGCGCACGCAUCUGCCGUUCCUUGCGAAGGAGUGUUAAUGCGAUGUGAAGAUUGGGGAGAGGUGAGAACCAAGGCUCCGCAAUUUGGCUGCUCCUCCAGCCCGAAAAACAGAAGACGAUUAGCAGCCUGAUCCUUUUCCAAUGAGGAACCAUCCUCCGCAGACGAGAUUUAUUAUCAUGAUGCCAUGCACAAAUAAAACAGUGUAUAACUUGUGAUGAGGAAAUAUGAAAAAGGUGGAACAUUUUCUUGGUCCAGAUUGUUGUCAUAUCCCAGGAUCACGCAGUGUUAAACAAGGACCUCAUGUGAUUGUGAUGUGGGAAGAGGCAGAAGUCCCAGGCAAGGAGGCUGGCAGAAGCACUUUAAACAGUAAAUGGUGCUCAUAGAAGAUCUACUGAGAUUUUGCUGUAAUAGCUACCAGUGAAAAACACUUUGCGAAUGGGAUGAAUACGCAAAGAGUGACUGCCUGCAGCAGCUUCAUAACUCACAGUAACUAAGUGGAGCACUUAACUAAGGAUGUUUUCAUUUCUACUUUACCCCAUUUGACUUGGCUUGCCUUGAUUGGGGGAAGACAUUCAAAGUGGAGUACCAUAAACUUGAUAUGGAUAAAAAAAAAGACAAAGACAAACUGGAUGAUAGAAUGGCAAGGCCUAGUGGACGCUCAAGUCACAAUCCACGAGGUAGCUCAUCAAAUUCUGGUGUGUUAAUGGUUGGACCUAACUUCAGAGUUGGAAAGAAAAUUGGUUGUGGCAAUUUUGGGGAGCUACGAUUAGGAAAAAAUUUGUAUACUAAUGAAUAUGUGGCAAUUAAACUGGAACCAAUGAAGUCAAGAGCACCACAACUGCACUUGGAAUACAGAUUCUACAAACAGCUAGGGUCUGGAGAUGGAAUACCUCAGGUUUAUUAUUUUGGCCCUUGUGGCAAAUACAAUGCCAUGGUGCUGGAACUACUGGGACCUAGUUUGGAAGAUUUAUUUGAUUUGUGUGAUAGGACUUUUUCCCUGAAAACUGUACUUAUGAUAGCCAUACAACUGAUUUCACGAAUGGAAUAUGUUCAUUCAAAGAACUUAAUAUAUAGAGAUGUAAAACCUGAAAACUUCUUAAUAGGACGACCAGGAAACAAAACUCAACAAAUUAUUCAUAUUAUAGAUUUUGGUUUGGCAAAAGAAUAUAUAGAUCCAGAAACAAAGAAGCACAUACCAUAUCGAGAACACAAAAGCCUUACAGGAACUGCUAGAUACAUGAGUAUAAAUACACAUUUAGGAAAAGAGCAAAGUAGAAGAGAUGAUUUGGAAGCUUUAGGUCAUAUGUUCAUGUAUUUUUUAAGAGGCAGCCUUCCCUGGCAAGGCUUAAAGGCCGAUACAUUGAAAGAACGGUAUCAGAAAAUUGGAGAUACCAAGAGAGCAACUCCUAUUGAAGUACUAUGUGAAAACUUCCCAGAAGAAAUGGCUACCUACCUUCGUUAUGUGAGAAGGCUAGAUUUCUUUGAAAAACCAGAUUACGACUACUUAAGAAAGCUCUUUACAGACUUAUUUGAUCGGAAGGGUUAUAUGUUUGAUUAUGAAUAUGACUGGAUUGGUAAACAACUGCCUACUCCAGUGGGUUCCAUUCAUUCAGAUCCUGCGAUAACUUCCAAUAGAGAAGCACAUCCACACAGAGAUAAGAUGCAGCAGUCCAAAAAUCAGUCAACAGACCACAGGGCAGCUUGGGACCCCCAUCAGGCCAAUCCCCAUCACUUGAGAGCUCACCUGGCAGCAGACAGACAUGGUGGCUCGGUACAGGUUGUAAGCUCAACAAAUGGAGAACUCAACACUGAUGAUCCUACUGCUGGUCGUUCAAAUGCACCCAUCACAGCCCCUACUGAAGUAGAAGUUAUGGAUGAAACCAACUGCCAGAAAGUGUUGAACAUGUGGUGCUGCUGCUUCUUCAAGCGAAGGAAAAGGAAAACCAUUCAACGUCACAAAUGACUUUGGAGGAAAGCAGACGGUGUGGAAUUACUCACUUACUCUUCUGCUGUAUCAUGAUAAGUCAUCUCUAGUUACCACUCAUUUUUCCAGCAUCAUCUUUAAGUGAGAAGGUUCUCAUACUUGCUUUAAUUUUGUGAUUCAACAUAUUUUUAAUUUGGAUCAUCUCUCCUGGGAGCUUUAAUGCUGUGUCAACAUAAGUACCUUUUUGAACACCAAGAUACAAAAAAAAUGUUUUUUUUCCUCAGAAAAUUUGACUUAGAAAACAUUAGCAGUGAUUAGCUGAAGACCAGAUAUUUUAUAAAACUGGUAUUUGCUAAGGUUGGGAGGAUGCCAUAUGGAAAAUGAUUAAAAGAAGGAGCACUGGAAAUUAAGCUAUUAUUGUCCAAGUAUUUAAAAUAUCUUGCUUUAAGAUUUCCUUUCUCAGUAAUAGAGGGUUUUUAAAACUUUUUUUCCCCAGUUGUUGCUCUGGUGGUACUACAUUUGCAAACUUGCCACUUAAUAUUAUUACAAAUAUGGUAGAGUCACUACCUGGUGGUACUAAGACAGAAGCUGGAUGAAUCAUUUGAAGACAAGCCUAAAUGCUGUGCUUUCUAAGAGGAAGUGUAUCAGUGUUUGUUAAAUCUGGGCUUUCAAAUCUGCUUUUGUUGUACCUCUAGUUGAGAUGCGGUGUAGUUAAAGUGGCAAUAGUGCUUGUACUGAAAUGCAAAUAUUUGUAUAAUGCAAGUUGUGCUUCCAGUUAUAUAUGACAUCAAUGCUGAAACAUCAACUGAAAGUUGCUUAAGGAUUAUAAAGCCACACUCUUAGGAAGUAACUGCAAACAUGUAGAGUGGAAAAUCACAAAACCUUAAUCAAAAAUUAUUGCUGAAUGACAGUUUUAAAAAUAAAGGUCUGGAUGUGCCAAGUAACAAACUGAGGUAUGCAUAUUAUAGAUUUAAGAAAGGAAAAAUGGAAGUGGGUUAAACACAAUCCUUUCUUCAAUGAAUGUUAGCCUGUGGUUUAUGAUUGCCAGUGGGGGUUUCUAGAACAUUCUUACAUUUCAGCAAAAUACUGCAUCACUAAAAUACAGCUGAUUGGAUUGAUUAGGUACUUUCCCGAUAAUUCCUUAAAGUGCCUGUGUUAUGAAAUAACAGUUUAUUAGAAAAGGCAGUUCUUUCUCUUCCUCCUUCUCCCUUCAGUUGCUUUGUUUAAAGCCAUAAUGAUAGAAGCGUAUGUUUAUCAUGUUAAGCUGCCAGUAUCAUAAGGAUUUGAGUAAAGGAAAUAAAAUGGCUAGACAGAUUUGUUGACCAAAACUCAAAUUAUGUGUCUUCUUAUAAAAAGGGUUUCCUAGAGCUAACUUUUGUCUAUCAGUGCAUGCCUUUGGGCAUAAUUAUUUAUUUUUAAUAUCUUAUGGUAACAUUCAAAAUGUGUAUUAAUUGAUAAAUGCACACCAGUUGAAUUCAUUAUUGCAUUUACAGGGAUUGUUUUAUAAUUUAUUUUUUUUAACUGCCAAACUGCAGUGUGUUAUCUAGGCGCACAUAUAAACACAUUGUUCAAAUCUGGCUAUUGUUAAUCACUGUUGCUGUUAAUAAGUGUAAUAAAUUCUUAAUUUACCAACUUUAUCUGACCAAUAAAAGCAUAAACUAAAUGAUUUGGUAAAAAAGUUCCACUUGACCAUUUCAGCUGAUUAUACUUUAAGCACUAAAAGAGGCUGAUUUUUUUAAAAGGAAGAAGGUAGGUGGUUAACACCUUCUUUGCAGUAUUUGACCAAAUUUCUUUUCUCUAUUAUAUUUGUAAAUACUCGCAAUAUAUUUCUUAUCAUACACCUAGCCAUUUCAAGGGUUUUUUUUUGCCCUGUACAGUGUUUAUAUGAUCUGAAUUCCUUACACAUAACACUGUGUAUAUUAAUCCAGUUACGAUGAAGAUUAAAUCAAUGUAAAGCUUGUUCGUUUACUGCAAAGACUGGAAUCUAGACAUUGCUGUUUAGCAAUAUUUUAAGUACAACAUUUUAAUGCUAAGGAGAAUAUUCUCACACACGACUUGGUCAGUAGAAAGUUACACAGUUGUGUUCAGGUUAAAUCAACAAUGUCUGCAUUUAUAUGCUUUUUCCCGGUCUAAACUAAUAAAAUCAACAUUGCCUGAAUGUAUGAAUAAUAAAACACAUCCCUGUUUAAAAAUAUGUAAUGAAUGAAGAAAAAAAAAUAAAGGUAGUUUUUUUUAACUCUUGCUUUCAUUUUUUUGUAAGCACUGAACUAAUGUAUCUAAGUGAUAAGAAAGUGGAUACUUGCAGACGGCUUUAUAUAUUGUUUUCAUUUAAUGACUAUACCAGAUAUAGACAUUUAACUUUAUUACAUGCUUUCUAACGUUGAGUAUCUAUGCUUGGAAUAAUUGGGAAGAAGAAGGUAUGAUGUGAUCCUAGUAUUAAAAUCCAUCUUAAACUAGUUUGAAAUUCUGAAAAUGAGAAGAAUUAUAGAGAUGUCCAGCCAAAGAGAAGUAGAUCUGCAGGGGUCAAAGCCUCCUCAUCUUCAGGAAUUCCUCUUUUUCAAGCACCCAAGAAAGGAGAGAGAUGGAUGGCAAGGUGAAAAGAUAAAAUGUCACCAGCAUACUUUAGAUUAAUGGUAUGUAAAAAUGUAUGACGCUCAAGAUACCUUUUUAAGUGUAUGACUUGAAACAAUAUUCAUGUAUUCCAAGAGUUUGUUUCAAGGUCAGAAGAAAAUACGCUGUUCCAAACUGAGAAUGAAACUUAGCCAUUAUGAGCAGCAAAUUUCAAAUGUUAUGGUCACAGAAAACUGAAAUGAACCAUUCCAACCUUGAAAUAGAUUGAUGCAAGGCUUCCAUGCUUGAAACCACACAAAAUUGCCAGACAAAUGUACAUUUUGAUCUGACAUUCAUGAAGCACAUUGGAGUGAAUUCAUUGUUCUUGUUUCUUUGCUUAACUCAGUUCCAUGGCUAUUUGUACUGGCAGGUUGCAAGACUUAUAUUUUUUUUAAAGAGCUGAAUCUAGUGAGGCAGCAACUAGCAGUUCUCAGACUAGAAAAGAUGUAGCCUAAGGCCCCAAGCAAACUGCCAAGUUUACGUUCAUUGGUAGAAGGAAAAAGUCUUGAGUUUAAUUUCUGGAACUUAGAAAAGACUUUGCGUGAAAGGGCCAAAUCAUCUGUAUAUUAUUCUUAUCUGCAAUUAAGCUGCUAAUCUAGCCAUGCCUAAGAAUAAUCUGCCAAGUAAAUAUGUUCCUUAUAUACUGAAUUACUGCUUUCAUUGAUCAGUAUGGGAAUUGGGAUGAAAAAUCCCCUUUGCUUAUUUUUUAAAAUAAGAUGGUAUAUACAUAUUUUAUGUAAGACUAUCAUGCUAUCCUCUUU